AUGGGGGGCUGGCUGGCAAAGGCCGGCCACACACGCAGAGACGACCCCCACCUGUCCGCGCACGGGGAGAAUGCGGCGGAGGAGCUGGCGGCCCGCUGCUCGCAGCUGCACGCAGAGAGGCCCUUUAGCUGCAUCGUGAGCUCCCCCUUCCUGCGCUGCCUGCAGACGGCGGCCCCGGUGGCCAGGGCCCUGAAUCUGCGCAUCCUCGUUGAGCCUGGCAUUUGCGAGAUCCUCACAGUCUUUCCGCCGGGCUUUUUGAGCACGGAAGAGCUCCGGGCCCACUUCCCGUCCAUCGACCCUGGCUACACGCCCUGCGUGCUUCGCGGUCACCUCGCGGCGGAGACGUCUGACGGCCAGGCGGCCAGACGCGCGGCGGAGACUGCGCGGCAACUGCGCGACAGGCUGUCGGGCCGGCUUCUCUUCGUCGGCCACGGCGCCAGUUGCCUGGGCAUCGCCCAGGCGUUUGGUGGCGACGACUACGUGGGCUAUGCUUCCUUGACCCACUUCGUCCAAAGCGGGGAGCGGUGGAGGGUGGAGGGCUGCUUCAACGACGUGAGCCACUUGAGCGACAAGCGCACGUCCUUGGCGAGUGCUUUCUGA